CGCUCGGGCUGUGACCCGGCCUGGCGGCGGGGGACUAAACCCACAGGGUGAUCGGGGCGGUUCUGUCUCCCUGCGCCGUCUAGACGCUGGGUCUGGUGACACAUUGGCUCUCAGACAGCAGCAGCCCUGUCUGCACUGGGGAGGGAAACCCCACAUUUGCCCACAGCUCUCGCUAGUGCUUUGCCAAGAGCACCAGUGGGUAGGGCCCUGCCCUGCAUCCGAGCCGUCCCUGGUGGUAAAAGCAGGAAGCUUGGCCAGCCCAUGUCUAUGGGAGCCACAACAGGGACACGGUGGCGGGAGCACCCGAAGGAUGUGGUGCUCUGGGGCCUGGUUCUCCGUUACGCCCCGGGUGGUUAUUUAUGCCAGUGCACAGAGGAUGCUGAGUGCCACUCAGUCACCAUGAGGGAGUUUCACCCACACUUUGCCCUGGCUUAAAUGGCUCCACAGGGCAUGGGGAAUCAGGUGCCCUUUGUGCCAGCGAGGCUGAUGCCAAGGGGCUGUGCCAGGCAGGUGUCAGCCCCUGGGGAAUAUCCCUGGUCUUUACACCAUCUCUGCAGCAGCUCUGGGCACUGGGCCAACCUGGGGCGAAGGGCCAGAGAAAGGGAGCAGAUGGGGAUGGGAGGAGGUGGGGCUGGAUCUGCACCCCUGCGAUUCUGCACCCCUGCAAACCCCAUAGGGCUCAUUGAGGUAGAGGCACAAUGUUGGGCUGCGCUGGGGUCCCCCUACUUCCCUCUUACCCUGAGUAGGGGAGGCUGCCGCCUCUUGGGCCAGGUGCAGGGAGGGAUCUGAUCCCAAGAGGGAGAAUUAGGACAAACCUCCACAGCAGGGGAGCUGAAUGGCAGGUACAAUGCCCUGGAAGUGGAGCUGUACUUGCUGCGGCGGGCUCUCCCCACCCCUAGGGGAGCAAGGAGGAGCCCUGGUGGCUGACCCACUCCCCCCACCCCCUCGUCCGAAUCUAAUUUCUGUUUCAGUGCCAGGGAAUGUUUGCAGGGGGCAGUUGGGCCCCCUUCUCAACAGGGACCAUGCAGGGGUUUGUCCUUGUGCCCAGGCGUGUGUCCACACUUCCCCAGGCUGCACAGACAUAGCCCACCUCUGUGCUCUGAGCCAUGUAAGCACACCCCCUGUGGGUGCCCACUGGGACCCUGGCAGGAUGAGCUUCCCCCGGCUGUGCCCUGAGGGUGCUAGGUGGAACCCUGGCAGGGUGACCGUCCCCCUGGCUGUGCCCUGUGGGUGCCUGCUAGGACCCCGGCCAUGUAGGUUCACUAGACAGGCAGGCCUAUCUAGAGAUUGGUCCUCCUUCCUCCCCACUCUGCUGCCCUGAAGCUUGGUCCCCCAGGGGCUUGUGUUAUGGCAUAGCAGUUAUGGGAGUGCUCCAGGUACCAUAGUGAAUACUCCCUGUUUUAACCCUUUGUAUGCCCCGGGCCUUUGUGCUGGGGUCUUGUUUUUAUUUGAAGGUUGAAGGUGCCAGGCUGAAGCCCCAGAGACCCCUGGGCAAGCCAGCGCCAGGGCAAGCUCUCUUCUCACUGUGCCCCCUGGAUGUGCCCCUCACUGACAGCUGCGAAGGGAACUCUGUCUCUACCGCCACCCCCCUUCUUGGCCUUUGUGCUGAGUCUGCCUGUAAGGGGCUGGUUUGUGCCCACACGAUGGCUCCAUGGGGAGAUCAGGCUGAGAACCCACCAACUCGGCCACCUUUGAACUGAAAUUCUGCUGUGCCCUACCUGGUUUUUAGGAGCCCCCAGCAAGCAGAGCUUUUCAGGGCCGUGUGCCAGCGCUGGGGAGGGGCUGCCCCACACCAAUUUCCAUUCCAGGUCUGUGGGCCAAGGGCUCAUCCUGUAUUUAAACAGACACGUCAUUCAUGGCUGGGAAGCAGAACUGGGUGUCAGUGUCUGUGGUUGGCUGGGGAACGUGCAGCUUCCUGUGAGGUGCUUGUGAAAGAGGCUGGACAGUGUCUCUGGGGCCUCAGUCAGAGCAGAGUCUCUGAGUCGAUCCCCAGGCAGGGAGGAGACGCAGAGCACAGGAGCUCGACGGGCAUUGAUGCUGGGCAGGGUGAGUGGACACCCAGCAGAAACAUGCUCCCCGGCUAACAGAGCUGACUUGGUCUCCAUAGUGCUUGGGAGCCAGGAAUUCCUGGAAUCUCUUCUCAACCCCACUAUUGGCUCUGGACAUGCCUCAUGCCUCAGUUUCCCCAGUGGGGGUGAUGACACCUAGCCUGCAGAGGGGAUUGGGAGGCUGGCUUUGCUCCUGGCAGGUCUGAGAGGGGGCCUGGCAUAAAGGGGGAUGCCAUUGCCUUUAAGGCCAUUCCCCAGUGCCUGAAUGGGUAUUUUGAUUCUCACUAUGAGGUUGAAAUGGAGCAAUGGCAAAGGCAGGCUGGAGAAUGGGGCUCAUCUGCAGAGAUGGCCGAGGCUGUGAUAGCUCCUCCCCAGAAUAGGGCGCCCCUUCAUUUGGACCUUUUAAUACAAGGCUGGAUGAAGCCCUGGAGAUAAGGCUGUGGCUCAGGGUGAGGGGAUCUGAGCUGGGGUUGGCUGCACCAGGGUGGGUUGUGCAGUUACUAUGGGACACAGGACAGUCAGAUCUGGCCUCUCCCAGGUCAGGAGACGUUAGCCUGUCUCAGGAUUGAGCUGCAGCGGGGCUGGGAGCCUGUCCGCCUGCCGAGGCCAGGCCCUUCUUUGUCUCCAAACGCUGGCGGGGAAGCACGGUUGUUGCUAUCAGACUGUAUUGAGAAAACUGCUUAGCUGGUGGUUCCUCUUGCAAACUGCCUGUGGCUUCCCAGAGCCCGCCGGCUCCUAGCGAGGGGAACUAGCCUGGGGGAAAGGCGCCUGCCAGUGCCAGGAAAUUCAAGCGUCUCCAGAGUGGUGCCAGGGGUGGGCUGGUCCCUGUAAGCCCUGGAUAGAGGACGGCAAGUGUUUGCUCUGUCUCCUCUCAGGGUUUUUUUAAGUGACUUUAGUGCUGAUGAAAGGUGUUGGUCUGAUGAGUUUGCAGACCGGUGCUCUGAUAAUGGGAGAGGCUGGGCUGGAGCAGCUGGGAUCCCCCCAUAUCAGCCAGCACCCCCUGCCCUGCUCCCCAAAGCGCCCCCUGCUGGGAGAGGCUGGGGCUGGAGUAGCUAGGACCCCACCCAUCACCAGCCAGUGCCCCCUACCCCACUCCCUGAAGCGCCCCUUACUGGGAGAGGCUGGGGCUGGAGUAGCUGGGAGAUCCCCACAGCCAGCGUUCUUGCCCCAUCCCUACAGCGCCCCCUGCUGGGAGAGGCUGGGGUCUUUUCAAGAUGCCUCUAAAUCCAGCGAGCGGAUGGCUCAGAGGAAGUCGUGGUGGUGACUGUGCAUGUUGCAGUUUCACAAGGGUGUUCAUUCAGGAAGGAAGCAGGAGGGGGUCCAGACCAGACGUAGUUGCAGAACGUCCACCAUGACUCUGGGCCUAACUGUCUGGCCCUGGGUCCUGUUCUGCCUCGGAGCCAUCCUGCCCUUGAGAGGGCGCAGUUGGGAGAGUGCAUCUGCCAGCCCCCUUCUCCAGCACGAGCCAUUUGUGGUAGUGUGGAACAUGCCCACGGCCCGGUGCCACCAGCGCUUUGGGGUUGCCCUGCCUCUUGAGGACUAUGCCAUCGUGGAGAACCAAGGCAAUGCAUUCCAGGGCCAGAACAUGACCAUCUUCUACAAGAACAAGUUUGGACUCUACCCCUACAUCUCCCCGGAGGGCGAAUACUACAAUGCGGGGAUCCCCCAGAAAGUCCGCCUCAAGCAGCACCUAGAGAGGGCCACAGCGGAGAUCACCCAGCUCCUGCAGCCAGACUUCCACGGGCUGGCCGUGGUUGACUGGGAGGAGUGGAGGCCGCUGUGGAGACGGAACUGGGGCCCUAAAGCAGUGUACAAGGAGGCCUCUGAGCAGUGGGUCUGGGAGAGGUUCCCAGACAUGCGUGCCAAGAAGCGAGUCUACUUGGCUGAGGUAGAGUUUGAGGGAGCAGCCCAAGAGCUCAUGGAGAGGACACUGGAGCUGGGGAAAGAGCUGAGGCCCUGGGGUUUGUGGGGCUUCUACAGGUUCCCUGACUGUUUCAACGAUAACUGGACGAAGAGGGGGAAUUACACGGGGGAGUGCAAUGCCAUGGAGGUGCUGCGGAACAACCGGCUCAUGUGGCUCUGGGAGGCCUCCACUGCCCUCUACCCGAGCAUCUACCUCCCACCCAAGCUUCCGCCAGCCAAGCGCCAGAGCUAUGUUCACCACCGCCUGCAAGAGGCCUUCCGCGUGGCACGGUUUGGCCUGGAGCAGCCCCUGCCGGUGAUAGCAUACUCCCGAGUCUCCUAUCGGCACUCCGCCAGGUACCUGUCCGAGGCUGACCUGGUCCAUACGAUUGGGGAGAGCGCAGCGCUUGGCGCCACCGGCCUGGCACUGUGGGGGGACAACUCCUACUCCCGUUCAGCCGAGAGCUGCAGGAGCCUCCGCCGUUACAUCACCCACACCUUGGGGCCCUACGUGGUGAACGUGACGUCAGCGGCCCAGCUGUGCAGCCGCCAGCUGUGUCACGGGCAUGGACGGUGUGUGAGGCAGCGCCUCGACGAGCUGGGAGCCUUCCUGCACCUCAGCCCGCAGCAGUGGGGAGCGGACUCCGUGCUGACCAACUAUGUGGGCAUGGACGAGCCGGGCCAGAGGACAUGGGGGCAGUUCUGCUGCCGCUGCUACCGCGGGUGGACGGGAGCCAGCUGUGAGAAGCCGGGGUGGACUGAGCCCAUCAGGGACCCGGACUGCAUUGCACGAGCCCAUCAUCCUGACAUCUGCGUCGCAGUGCGGGACAGAAACACUGCGGGCUCCCAGAUCUGCCCUAAGUCUGCCUACGAGGGGAAGACAGAGCUCAGGUGACCGCCUGGAUCAGGGAGUGGCUCCUGGGACAUCAGCAGGCUCAUAGACAUAGAACCUGGGGAGAAGGGAGCCUGUGGUGGUGGUGGAAAUUCCUGCACUGACACACCCUUUAUUCCUGGCUAGAUGGCUGGAUCUGCCACAGGAUGAUCAACUGUUCCAGCCAUAAGACUACAUCCUUCCCUCCCACAAAUAAACAAUCAAUGAAUCCA